UUUUACCAAAGUAUGUCUAUAGAGUCAAUAUAGAUCAGCAUAAGAUCUUUGUGAUGCCAGACUUGGUGCAACCCACACAUCUGACUCGACAUGAGAAAAAGAUCAGAAAUAUGUCAAAUACCAACCUCCUGAGAAGACCUAAAUAAAACCUUGAACCUUCUAAGUGAGAUGAAUUCUUCAGGCAUGCUGCAGAUUCACAGCCCGGAUCCAAAACAGAAAGAUCUGAGAGUGAAUGGAGAUAGGCUAAAGUCUUCCUUCAAGCUUAAGAACCGUUUGGAAUCACAUAAUUCAUCGCUCCUAUUUCAUAUCCAUAAUAAACAGAAGGCAUUACCCAUAAUAAGCAAGAGGCUUUCCCAGGGUUUAACUGACCUCACUCUUGAUGAUGACCAACGAGAUGAGGAGCUUAUUCAUAUCCAUAAGAUCAAGGUCGAGACUUCUAAAAAGAUGAGCUUUACCAGGAAUAAUGAAAAAUAGAGAACGGAAAAAUACCUCUCAGAGCUCUACUGAUAAUGGCAUGCUCAAGUCUGUCCUACAUCCUGAAAAGGUUACCACUACGGGCAUGGGGAGAAGAGGACAUAUACGAAAAUCUAAAUUCGAACACAAGACGAUCAGAGUUGGCCAAGAACCAACUUGGUCAUUAAAAUAAGAGAAAGAUACAGUGCAACAAUCAAAUUUUGAUGACAACUAAGGCUCGAGAGAAGCAUGAAGAAAACUUCUAUUCAAAGAGUGGGUUUUCUUCAAGUCCUUUAAUAUCAAGAAGCAGAGGGUUUCAUAAAAUAAAGUAGCCAGGUGAAUAAGGACAUUCAUAGUUCUACUCAAUACGAGAAUUUCAAAUUGAAUAUGUCUCAUGACUCUCGUCAAAGCAUUUUUACUAAAAACUCCUUGAUCGGGAAAGAGCCAAUAACCUCUUUUGGCCAGGUCAGUCAUUAUAUUACAAACUAUGUCAAGGAGCUAUCAGAAAAGCGAGGAAUUAAACAGAAGCUUGCUUUAACAAGCUAUGAGGCUAAAAGGGCUAGUCCUAGAUACCGCUUAAAGCAAACAUUGAAUAUUCAGAAGAAGAAUGUCACAAGAGAUAACUCAAGUGAAGAGAUAUUCUCAAAUAAUGCUAUCAAAACCUCAAUAAAUACAUUUUAUAACACAAGGAAGGCUGUAGCUAAUGAUCUGACCAAGCUAGAUCAACCGAUAUCCCCCAUUAGUCCUCCUCAUAAAGAUAAUACAAAACAAACCAGAUUUGAAGCUAAAUAAGCCAAUUGUGAAUAUCCCAAUGCAAAAAUUGCUUGGAACAAAAGUAAAACUUGGCAAGAUAAAGCCUCAAAAGAAGAUAGCUGUUUCAAAGAGUACUUCACCACGAAAAGAAGUGCUGAAGCAGUCUGGAAAAUCAGCGAAACCUGAAAGAACUGACAAUAUCUCAGAUUAUUACCAUAAAGCUAAUAAUAGGUACGAGGAGCAGAAGAGAGAAAGGAAGUCUAUACCAAGAGAAGUUGUCAAUAAUCUUGAUAAUUCAGAGAAUGGACCACAUAUUGGUAGCUUAAUCAAAGCAUCCACUGCUUCUGCAGAUCCUGAAGAAGUCUCUCUUCCAAACUCAAAUUCGCCCAGUGAGGAAGAAGGAAAAGGGAAGAAUUUGAAGGUUUCAUUUGGAAGACAACUAGUGACUUCCCAGUCUCCGGUCGAUAUCUCUAAGCCUAAGAUUGACCAAAAAUCUAAGGGUAAAAAGGUAUCAUCCCAAGCUCCAGUAAAGAUAUUGACUAAGAUUAAGAACAUCAGCUUCCCAAGGAAGUCGAAAGGGCCUUUCAUGAAUGGAACUAUUCAAAAGUUCAACAUAGAUUUAGGAGAGAUCUUGACAACCAAAAGGAAGAAGCGUAGGAUUGGGUAGAAAUAGCCAAAUUUUCACAUGUAGGAUUAUAUUAAAUCCUCUCAUCAC